UCAUGACGCUCAACCCACACGAUCUCUCACCAUUUUUUCUUACAACUAAUGCUCUCUCAACCUCCGCCCUUCUCCGGUCCGGCGGCCCGUCGAGAUUCUGUUCAACGGGCAGUGGCUCUAGGUGUAUUUCUCUUUUUCAUGUGUGCGACGGUUAACAAUCAGAGACUUAGUGGGGGGAAAAGAAGUUAACGACGGUUAACUUUGGCGAAUUCGAAAUCCCCCUCUCCCAUUUUAUCAGCAUCUCCGGUUGGAAAUUUAAAACUCAAAUACCGUUCCAUUCAUGAACCGUGUUAGAAGCUUUGGUGCCCGAGCAAAUGGCUUGACUGAUGAUAGCAACGCCUUCUUAGCAGCAUGGAGGAUGGCCUGUGACUCAGCUGGAGUUGUAACUUUCCUGAUUCCAAAAGGAACCUAUUUGGUUGGUCCAGUUAUAUUUUCUGGCCCUUGCAAAAACGUGUCAUCUCUAACAGUUAAAAUGGAGGGCUAUUUGAAGGCAUCAACAAACCUUUCGAAAUAUGGUUCUGGUGCAGGCUGGAUUGAGUUCAGAUGGAUGGAGGGGCUAACCUUGAAUGGAGGUGGAACCUUUGAUGGUCGAGGCGCUGAGGCAUGGCCAUUCAACAACUGCCGCGAUGACUACAAUUGCAAACUCCUUCCUACUAACUUGAAAUUUGUGGCUUUGAAUAAUACGGUUGUUCAACACAUAACUUCGCUGAACAGCAAGUUCUUUCACCUGGCUUUAGUUCAAUGCAAGAGGUUCGUAGGUAGCGAACUCAAGAUUUCUGCUCCAGAAAAUAGUCCCAACACCGAUGGCAUCCACAUUGACCGAAGUUCUAAUAUCCAUUUUUCUUUAUCACAUAUUCAAACGGGUGACGACUGCAUAUCCAUCGGACAAGGGAACUCUCAAGUCACAAUCUCUAGCGUCAACUGUGGACCUGGCCAUGGGAUCAGUGUUGGAAGCUUGGGAAGAUAUCGAAAUGAAGGAGACGUAAGCGGAUUAGUAGUUAAAAAUUGCAGCCUCACAGGUACCGCCAAUGGGAUCAGAAUCAAGACAUGGCCAAACUCUCCUGGUAGCAGCUCAGCCACAAACAUGACAUUUGAGAACAUUACCAUGAACAAUGUGUCCAAUCCAAUUAUCAUUGAUCAAUCAUACUGUCCAUUCGGAUUUUGUUCUUUCAAGGCACCAUCUCUUGUGAAGCUGAGUGAUAUUUAUUUCAAGAACAUUAGAGGAACAUCUUCCUCUAAAGUGGCUGUGGCAUUAGAAUGCAGCAAGGGAUUCCCAUGUCAGAAUGUGAACCUUGAAAAUGUUCACUUGGAUCUUUCAUCAGGAGAAAAUCAUCCAUCUUCUACUUGCAAAUAUGUUAGAGCCAGGUAUAUUGGCACCCAAAUCCCACCCCCUUGUGCUUAGAUUUACAAAUCAUAUGUUUCUAGUUUUCUCUUAUGUUUUUAAACAUUUAUAGGAUGUGGAAUUAGAGAUUAUUCUAUCUGGUUAAUUAUUAUACUAUCUUUGAUAUAAUUUCUAUGUUGUGUUAUUUUUGAGGAUUCGAUUAGGGUAUCACCUAAUAAGAACUCCCAAAGGCACGAAAAACAGACAAGAACAUUUAAAGAUAGAUUUAAAUUUCAAUAUCAAUGAAGAAACUACAAUAUAACAUA